GUCGGCAUCGACGACGGCUGGGACGAACGCGCGGCAGCAUGAUGCCGCGCGUCCUCAUGGCGUCCAAGGAGGAUACGGCCGAGGCCCCGGCGGGGGGGCCGCCGGAGCCCCCGCCGCAGUCGUCGGCCUCGCCGCCGCCGACGCCGUCUCCUCCGCCACCACCCACAUCGUCCCCGCCUCAGCGGUCUCCCCCGCCGGCUCCGGCCACUCCGUCCCCGCCUCCUCCGGCGUCUCCCGGCAAAAAUCACAGUCCGAUGUCUCCAAUCGAACAAUCUAUGGUAAAUGCGCCUCGUGAAACGAGCGGAUCACCUCCGCCGGUGACGUCCCCGUCCCCGCCUCCUCCGGCAUUGCCACCACCCUCUCCGCCGCCAGCAAGCAAGUCCCCUCCCCCGCCAUCUCCCGCGACUUCGCCACCAUCUUCGCCUCCUGCUACAUCGACACCGCAAUCGCAUCAAUCGCCACCAGAACGAACCUCACCCCCUGCGUCGCCACCACCUUCGCCAUCAGGGAACAGUGCACCAGGCACACCAACAACUUCACCUCCCCCUAAUGGAGUCUCAUCUUCCACACCUCCUGCAAGGACAGGAACUUCGCCACCUGCACCGCGAGAAAUGCCGUUGCCUGGGACGCCACCAUCGCCGCCUGUUAUCACAACGCAGGCCCCGCCGAUCCUGCCGCCACCAAUGGGCGUGACAGUGAUCAUGCCGAGCUCCGGAACUCCAGCUAGCACGUCGCAGAGCCCGCCUGUCCCCACCGCCGGCAACACGCCAGCCCCGCCUUUGGCUCCCCCGGCGGGAGCAUGGGGCGGCAACGUGUCGAGCGGAUUGCUCGUCGGAGUCGCCUUCGCCGGUUUCCUCCUGGCGUUGGCGUCGAUGUCCAUGUUCCUGUGCCUCAAGAACCGGGGGAGAAGGAGGCGGCCGGCGCAGAUGAUGAACCUCGGGCGCAGGAACACCCUCGUCGUGCCGGAGCGUGUGGUAUCACCGGACGUGUACCAGCCGUCGAACGGACCGGCGGCGUCGCCAAGCGGGACGACCUCGUACGACUUCUCGGGGACCACGUCCUGCUUCACGUACGACGAGCUGGCGGCCGUCACCGGCGGGUUCACGCAGGAGAACGAGAUCGGCGAGGGCGGGUUCGGGAAGGUGUACAUCGGCGCGCUGGGCAACGGGCGGCGCGUGGCGAUUAAGCAGCUCAAGGUGGGCAGCGGGCAGGGCGAGAAGGAGUUCCGGGCCGAGGUGGACAUCAUCGGCCGCAUCCACCACCGCCACCUCGUCACGCUCGUCGGCUACUGCGUCACCGAGCACCACCGCCUCCUCGUCUACGAGUUCGUCUCCAACAAGACGCUCGAGCACCACCUGCACGGAAGAGGACUCGCGGUGAUGGACUGGCCGAAGCGGAUGAAAAUCGCGAUCGGAUCAGCCCGUGGAUUGACCUACCUGCACGAAGACUGCCAUCCUAGGAUCAUACAUAGGGACAUCAAGUCGGCCAACAUACUCCUGGACGACGCCUUCGAAGCAAAGGUCGCAGAUUUCGGUCUCGCAAAAUUCACCAACGAUUCGCUGACUCAUAUCUCGACGCGCGUGAUGGGCACAUUCGGGUACAUGGCCCCGGAGUAUGCAUCAAGCGGGAAGCUGACUGACAGAUCGGACGUGUUCUCGUUCGGGGUGGUGCUCCUGGAGCUCAUCACUGGGCGGAAGCCCGUGGACUCGUCUCAGCCCCUCGGAGAAGAAAGCUUAGUUGAAUGGGCUCGGCCUCUCCUGGUGGACGCCUUGGAGACGGACGACUUCAGGGAGCUCGCCGACCCGGCGCUGGAGCGCCGGUACUCCAGGUCAGAGAUGCGGAGAAUGGUGGAGGCCGCGGCCGCUUGCAUUCGCCACUCUGUCGCCAAGAGACCGAGGAUGGUGCAGGUGUGGCGAUCGCUGGACGUGGACGGGGGCACGACGGACCUGACCAACGGCGUGAAGCUGGGGCAGAGCACGGCGUACGACUCCAACAAGUACUCGGCGGACAUCGAGCUCUUCCGGCGGAUGGCGUUCGCCAACGACCUCUCCAGCGCGGAGCUCGGCUACUCCGACGAGGACGACGCUAGCAGCAGCUCCAGGCCCAAGCCCAACUGAGAAACGCAUGGCAUGCGCGACAGGUUCAUUUGUUAUCGUGACACGCAUGCAUGUAUUGUAAGACCGGGGGUCAGGUAUACAGAGGCUUUGAUUUGGGGAA